CGCGAAAUAAUAAUAAUAAUACUGAAAACGUUUUUAAUGUAGUUUUUGAGAUGUGGAGAUUUACAUAAAGUAGUGACAAUCAUUUAUAUAUUAAAUAAAUAAGAACAAGCGCCAUAUGGAGUUUUUAAUUAAACUGUCGCUUCCGGUCGGUGAUGGAGAUGUUCAGUGUUUCCCAGUAAGUUGAGGGGAAUCAGUCAGUCAGUGAUGUCUAAACCUAAAUUAGUGGUGUUUGAUCUCGAUUACACCCUGUGGCCUUUCUGGGUGGAUACUCACGUCGAUCCUCCUUUCCGCAAAGACCAGCAUGGGCGAGUGGUGGACUCGAGCAAUCAUCAUGUCCGGCUGUAUGAAGACACCGUAGACGUCCUGCGCUCUAUACACACUCAGGGUAUCCAGAUCGGCGUGGCCUCGCGCACAGGUGAAGUGGAUGGAGCCAAUGAGCUUCUCGCACUCUACAGCCUCGACCAGUAUAUUUCCUUCAAAGAGAUUUACCCAGGGUCAAAGGUCACACACUUCAAUAGGUUACAGGCAGACAGCGGGGUGUGCUACACAGACAUGAUGUUCUUUGAUGAUGAACAAAGAAACAUCAGUGAAGUCAGCAGGCUGGGUGUUCACUGUGUCCUGGUCCAUAACGGUGUUACCUCUAAAAUUGUUCAUGAUGAGCUUCAGAGGUUCAUGAGGAAGAGCUGAGUGUGGAAAUCUCUGCUGCAGUGCACAGUGUGUCCUGUAGGGGGCAAAGAUCACCACGCUCUCAUCACUUUAACGUUUACUGUAUAGGGUGUACUUAUUUAUAUUAAUAUCAAUUAAAAUGAUAAACAGCAUCAUGUGGAAAUGUAAAAAAAAAACAUUUACAGAGUUUACUGUAAUAUUUACUUUAUUUAGUCUGUUACCGCUAAAGUUAACAUUUUAAAAUAUAUUUUACUGUAUUAAAAUAAACAUAUUAUUCAUGA